AUGUCGUUUUACUUAUCUGUGUCAAUAAAUUUAAGCGCUCUAGAAGAGCUUCAGAUCGAACGCGACGUGACCUCGAAGACUCAGGCUGAGCUCCGUGACAGGUUGUUGACAGCGGCGCGGAUCCGCGAGAGCCGGGCCGCGCGCUGCGGCGAGCUGGACGCCGCGUAUCGGAGGGCGCAAGCCAUACGCGGCUACCUCACUGACCUCAUCGAGUGCUUGGAUGAAAAGAUGCCGCAGCUGGAGGCGCUGGAGGCCCGAGCGUUAGCUCUACACAAGCGUCGCUGCGAGUUCGUCAUCGAGCGGCGCCGCGCGGACCUGCGCGACCAGGCGCAAGACGUACUCGCUCCGCCCGGUCGCGCGAAAGGCGUGGAGUGUGAGGAAAAGACGCGUCGUGCAGCCGAGCGUGAGGGCCGGCGUCGCGCGCGGCGCCUGGUGCGGGAGGCCGCGGCCGCCGCCGCCGGGGCCGCGCUGCCGCACCGGGACGGGGACUCGGACGACGACGACCUGCCGCCCACGCAGCUGCACCAGCACAACCACGAGAGAGAGAGCAUCCAGGCGGGCGCGGCGCAGGUGUUCGCGGACGCGCUGCCGGCGUGGCGCAGCGUGCGCGGCGUGUGCGCGCGGCUGGCGCGCUGGCGGGCGCGCGCGCGCCUGCUCUACAGCGACGCCUACGUGGCCGACUGCCUGCCCAAGCUGCUGGCGCCCUACGUCCGCCAUCAGCUCAUUUUAUGGAACCCGCUCGCUGACGAAGACAAUGAGGAUUACGAGAAAAUGGAUUGGUACAAAUGUGUGAUGAUGUACGGCGUGGGCCAGCAGCCGGGCGGCGGCUCGUCGGGCUCGGAGUCGGGCUCAGAGGACGAGGUCGAGGACACGCCCCCUAAGGUCACCGAGGACAGCGUGCGCGCUGACCCCGACCUCAUGCUCGUGCCCACGCUUGUCAGCAGGGUCGUGCUGCCCAAGCUUACAGAGCUGGUGGAGCAGGCGUGGGACCCGCUGUGCGUGCGCGCGUGCGUGCGGCUGCGGCAGCUGCUGCUGCGCGCCGCCGCGCUGCCCGCCGCCCGCGCCGCGCUGCGCCGCCUGGCCGCCGCGCUGCGCGCCAGGCUCGCCGCCACGCUCGCGGCCGACGUCUUCCUGCCCGCGCUCACGCCGCAGGUAAUGGAAGGUCCUGGCGGCGCGUUCUGGCGUCGCUGCUUGGGCUCUGGCGUGCGUCUGUUGCGGGCCUCACUGGCGCUCACCGGCCCGCCCGAACUGCUAAAUGCAGACCCGCUGGUGCUGUCACUUAUAGAAUGA